AUGAAACAGCAUGAAGGAGAUUACUCCCUCGGGGGCGCCGGGGUGAGGAUUGAGGCAGCCAGCACAACAGCUGAUGAUCAGACGACGAUCAUCCGAAUUGGAGUCACAGUAUCCCGUCUACACCAUUUCUCUGCUUCCGGCGGUGCGCGCAUUCGAGCCACAUGCACGUAA